CAGGAAAACAGUCAGAGAGAAAACAGCUGAGAGUAAACACUGCAAAGAAGCUCCUCCUCCUGACGGGAAAUCAUGGCAAAUAUCGCCAUACAGAGAAUCAAGAGGGAGUUUAAGGAAGUUAUAAAAAGCGACGAAGCACAAAAGUGCGCCAUCAAUGUAGAAUUAGUUGGGGAUGAUUACCGAGAACUCAAAGGAGAAAUAGCAGGGCCCCCAGACACACCCUAUGAGGGAGCAACCUUUCACCUUGAAAUCAAAGUUCCAGAAACAUAUCCUUUUAAUCCUCCAAAGGUAAAGUUUGUCACAAAAAUCUGGCAUCCAAACAUUUCCUCAGUAACAGGGGCUAUUUGUCUUGACAUCCUUAAGGACCAGUGGGCAGCAGCAAUGACCCUACGGACAGUCCUACUCUCCUUGCAAGCAUUACUAGCCGCUGCAGAGCCAGAUGAUCCCCAAGAUGCUGUUGUGGCGAGACAGUUUAAAGAGAAUCACCCACUCUUUCUUCAAACAGCUCAGUAUUGGUCACAUGUUCAUGCUGGAGCUCCCAGAGGAAACAGUGACUUUGCCAACAAGGUUCGAUGUUUGAUGGACUUGGGAGUAGGGGAGCAGCAGGCCCUUGUUGCAUUAUCAUCCUGCAACUGGGACAUGGAUCGGGCAAUCGAACAACUCUUCUCAUAGAUGCGUGUGGUUGGGGACGCAUAGGUAAAGUAAAGAAAAAAAAAAGUGAAUGAAAAAGAAAUGGGGAUUUGCACUUCAUCAUUUCAUUGGUAAUAAUAUCUUUUGAAGUCUGGUUGCUUGCAAGGCAUUGCUCUGGUGUUCUUAUGGAUGGAGAAGCAUUGCAGCACAAUGAGUUAAGCUUGAUUACCUAGCCCAGGGCUUAGUCCAUAUCUGAAUGUGGUUACUCAGUCAAUGAUUUUAACAAAUUUGAAUGUGAACUUGGGCUAUGUUUAUAUGAACUCUGUAGGGCUGUGAAAUAAGUAUUUGUCCUGUGUUAUGCAUGACUCAUUUUGGAAGUAGUGGCAUACUUCUAAGUUCUUUUAUAGGAUGGCAAUAAAAGUCAAGAGACUCAGCUAAGUGACAUGAAACAUCUUGUUAAACACCAGUUUAAGUAAAACUCAUUGCCUUCAUUAUCUUGUUAAUAAAAGAAACGUUAUAAACUGUGAUUUGGUUAGGCAAGGUUUGGCAUAUUUUUUCAUACAUCUGUUAUUAUUCUUUCUCUGUUGGAAAUUGUUUUGCCCAUUAUGAUCUCUUUUUUACUCUUUUUUUGUUAAUGAAAGUGGCAGGGUGUAAUUGUUUAGCAAUACAAGAUUGUGAAAAGAUAUUUCUGUUAAGUCACCAAUAAAAUUCCUUUUUAAACAGUAGUGUAGUAAAAUGGUAAUUCUUUUUGUUCAUAUUCUUUGGCAUUAUUCUUGAUGGAAUUCUUUGAUUUCUCGUACUGUAUCCACAUACAUUUUUUCCCCCUGUUUGCCUUGUUUUAAGGU